CUUAUUAAAACAAGUGACACAUGCGACUGCUUAAAUGUGGAUUGUCCUGGAUGCUAUUUCCCUUGCUCAGAGUGUGGUUCGUUAAAAUGUGGAGUUGCUUGCAGAGCAAAUCGGAAGUGGUUAUAUGAAAAAGAUGAGAUAGAAAUCGAGCCAAUUCUACGUAGUAGAAUGCAAUAG